AUGUCGGCAUUAUCAUCAAAUACAAAAUAUUAUAAAGAAGCAUAUACUCUUUUUCAACAAUGUACGAAAAAAGAUGAUCGUCAAGAUUUAGCAAAUAAAGUAUUUGAAGAAGCAUCAUCAACAACAUCUGAUACAUGUAAAAUAGUAAAAUCAUGUUCACGUGAAUUUGAACAAUUAUUACCACAUGUGACAUUACCAACAACAUUAUCUUCAUUUUUUGAUCGUUUAACCGAAACUGAUUUAGAUGAUUUUAUUCGAGAUCGUUCAGCAUGUUUUGUAUUAGAAAAACUUCUUUCAUAUUUACCAAAUCAUUUAUCAACUGAAAAUCAACAAAUACAUACAGCAUAUGAUCGUCUUUUUCGAUGUAUAUGUGAAAAUUUUGAUGAUUAUAUACAAGAAACCGGUACAAGUCAUAUUAUAGCAUCAACAAUAUCAUUUCUUCAUCCAUUAAUUAAUUCAAAUGAUAAUAAUGAAUAUGAACAAUUAAUUGAUGGUGGUCGAACACCAAAAAAAUUUUUUGAAUUACCAGCCGAUUGGAAUGUCGAUGAAAAAUUACGAGAAAUAAAAAAAUUAAUUAAAAAAAAUACAAAUUAUAAUGAAUUUGUAUAUGCAACCUUACUUCGUACAUGUGGUUAUCUUAAUGAAAAACUUUAUAUUAAAUUAGUUGAUCAUAUAUGUGAAAAACAUUAUUCAGAAAUAAAUCUUGAACAUAUAUUAGAUAAACGAUCAUCAUUUAUAUUUGAAGUUCUUUUAGAAUUUCCAUCUGAACAACGAAAUAAUAUACUUUAUGAAAUUGUUUUAAAUAAUAUUGAUGAAAUCUAUUUACAUUCAAUUGGAAAUUUUUUUCUUCAACAUUUAUUAUUAACAUUAAAUGAAAAAGAUUUAAUUGAAAAAAUUUAUCUAUUAAUUAUGAACGAUGAUAGAUUUACUAAACUUGUUGAAAAAGGACAAAUUAGAUUAUUAAUAACAUUUAUUCGUGUUUGUGAACGAUUUCAUUGUCAUUAUGAAGAACUUAUCAGUCGAUUGAAAUUAUCCAUUAAUUGUACAAAUCCAAGUAUUAGUGAAUUUAUUCCUAGUGUAUUGAAAUUAAGAGCAGAAAAUCCUGAAACUCAAUUAAUAACAAAAGAUGGUUCACUUGUUGUUCAAGCUCUUCUUCGUGCUGAAAAAAUUGAUUCAUUAACACGUCAAUCAUUUCUUUCAUUGACUGGUGAACAAAUAUCAAUAAUUGCUUGUCAUCCAAGUGGUUCACAUUUACUUUGUCAAUUAAUUCUUAAAUCAAAUCUAUGGUCUAUACUUCGACAAAAGAAUUUCUAUGAUAAACUCAAUCAAGAAUAUACAAAAAUGGCUUGUGAUAAAUCUGCUUGUUGGUUUGUUACACAAUUAUGGAAAAGUGCUACAACAAUUGAUCAAAAACUUCAAAUGGCUAAAAGUAUGGCAAAAGAUUUUCAAACACUUCGUUCUCAUACAUAUGCAAAAUUUAUUGCAUAUGAAAUGAAUUUAACAGCAUUUUGUUCAAGACCAGAUCAAUGGAAACGAAGUAUUGAUACAAUUCUUAAAAAACAUGCUUUAUUUGAUGAUCUUGAUGAUGAUAAACCGAAAAAGAAAAAGAAGAAAAAAUUCUAA